UAUGGUAUGGUAUGGUAUGGUAGCCAUCCCAUUCCAUGUCCCAUGAAAAGUGGUUACCGCUUCCUUUGAGGCUUUGGCCGUCGAUGAUUGGAUGAGGGGUUGCCUCGGGCGGUAUUGUCUGUGAUUAACAGCGGUAUGCGAGUUGGGAGUGUUUGUUUUUUGAUUCCGCGACAGCGAUAGGGCUUAUUCGUUUUGGAAUUUGGGGUAUCCACAUGGGAUGCACCCAUCCAGUGGCCAGUGGGAUUAUCUUUGCCCGAACCAUGAUCCUGAAGAGAGGAUGGAGGAUUUAAAGUUACUGAGACCCCCCUUCGAUUAUACUUGCCCAAAUAUCAUUUGACUAACCAUCAUACCCAUACCCUCGCAAGACUCACGUCAGACUUUAACCUCCUUUUGAUCUCAUAAACAUUCGUCGCUCUCUCUCAAUAGCAUUACUCUACUUCUCAAUAAUAUAACAUAUUCACAUUUCGAUAUGGAGAGAGGUCAUUUUGUUCAUCACGACGGUUCUACCGAUUCAUAUUUGAUGCACGGAGACAUGAAUCUAUACGAUACCUCGAGCGAGUCUUCAGCAAGCUCACCACUCAACAGCAAUGUACGUUCACACUCUACCAAACGCUCCUUUUCAAAAUCUCAUGAUUCCUUUAGACUUUCGAUCACGUAUAUGGAGGAAACGAUCACGUAUACGGAGCACACACAUUUAUGACAUAUCCAUCAUUUCCCGUACAAUACCAACCAAACGGCGUACCGAUGGGUUUAAUACCGGUGGAAUUAGAUAUCGAAGGCAUUUACGAAGAUCAUGAUCGACGAAGGAGAAAGAAUGGAAACGAAAAAGUAGUUUCUCCACACGUGCAUUCGGUAAGUGAACUCGCUCUUCUGCCGAGCGGACGGGAUGCGAUGCUAAUUCCACAUAGCGUCGCCGAGCCCAAAAUCGAGCUUCUCAACGAGCUUUCAGGGAUAGGAAAGAGAAACAUAUGCGGGAGCUCGAGCAACGAUUGGAAGAGCUUGAGGGGCGUCACAGUGAUCUAUCGCGAUCAUAUGAGUCUUUACAAGUGGAGUAUUCGGGCGUCAAACAGGAGCUGGAUCGAUUGCGUAAAUCGAAGACUAAUCCCGAACGUUCAGCGUCAGCGUCAUCGAGAGAAUUUGCGCAAUCCAAUCUCAAAGCUUGGGAUGAAUCAAAGGUGGAAAUUAUGGAUCCCUUGCUAUUCGAUGUUUCUGCGUUCUGCUUUGAUCAGAAUGAGCCUGGACCCCAGCCCAAAGAGCAGGUUUUUUGAUUCGGGUGUGGUUUUCGGCGUUGGUGGCUAGGAGCAUGGGGACUGGAUUGUAAAAGACGGAUAAGACUGGGCUCUUGGAGGACUUGGACUGGGGGCACACAUCUUUCUGCCGUUAGGAGUUUCUGUUAGUAUCCGCAUCUAUCAUAUGCUUCACUUGUAUGUACGAUAUAUACCCAAUGAUAAUAGUCUCUGGCGUUUUUAUGAUACCUGAGUUUUGAACGAUAAGCCUUGAUCCUGGUGAAGCUCUUCGGUUGAGGUCAUCCGAGUCUCCCAUGAUAUAGUGGACAG